CCUCUUCAAAUGAUGGAGACACAGGAUAGGGAGCUCUCUGCGCUGGGCUUCCCCUGGCUGGCAGGCAGGUGUCUUCAACUUUGUCCUCUGCUGUUUUAACAGCUGCUCAAAAGACUGACUUUCUCCUUUAGCGUAAAGGUUUCCCUCCUCUGUCUGUUUUCAUGUUGAAAUAGCCCAGUUAGUGGGCUUGCUGAAGUCUGUCCCCCCGCGGUUUAUUUUUGAAGGGAAAACAACAUGCAUCCUCGUCACUGCUGAGCUAAGGGAGGGCUUGCUUAAUGGUACCAGAGCGGCUGGCCUGAGCCUGCGGCUUGGCUCCGGUGCUGGCUGUCGAUUCAUGCUGGGACAGCUCUUUGUGAAGCAGAGGGCAAGGGGGGCUGCUGGCUGGUGCUGCUGAGCGAGGAGAUGGAGCGCUUCUUGGGCUUUGUCAAGCAGAUAAGAAGAUCGAGAAGAAGAAAAGGCAAAAAGUACCGGCCGGAGGAGGAUUACCAUGAGGGCUAUGAGGAUGUCUACUAUUAUGCCUCGGAGCAUUUUCGAAAUGAGAGCCCUUACACAAAGUCUGCAAACCAGGCAAAGGCACCUGAUGGAGCAUUGUCUGUGAGGAGACAGAGUAUUCCAGAGGAAUUCAAGGGCUCGACAAUAGUGGAAUUAAUGAAGAAAGAAGGCACCACCCUAGGGCUUACAGUAUCGGGUGGGAUCGACAAAGAUGGCAAACCAAGAGUGUCUAACCUUCGUCAAGGAGGAAUCGCUGCUAGGAGUGACCAGCUGGAUGUAGGGGACUACAUCAAAUCUGUGAAUGGAAUCAACUUGACUAAGUUCCGCCACGACGAGAUCAUCAGCCUGCUCAAGAACGUUGGCGAGAGGGUUGUGCUGGAAGUGGAGUAUGAGCUGCCUCCAGUCUCUGUACAAGGAUCAGGUCUCAUCUUUAGAACUGUGGAAGUUACUUUACAUAAAGAGGGGAACACUUUUGGAUUUGUAAUAAGAGGUGGAGCACAUGAUGACAGAAAUAAAUCUCGUCCUGUUGUAAUAACAUGUGUUAGACCUGGAGGGCCUGCUGACAGAGAGGGCACAAUCAAACCCGGGGACAGGCUGCUGAGUGUCGAUGGGAUCCGACUGCUCGGAACAACGCACGCUGAAGCCAUGAGCAUUCUCAAGCAGUGCGGCCAGGAGGCGACCCUGCUGGUUGAAUAUGAUGUCUCAGUGAUGGAUUCAGUAGCAACAGCAUCUGGUCCACUGCUGGUUGAAGUUGCCAAAACUCCUGGUGCUGCUCUUGGCGUUGCACUAACUACCUCGAUGUGCUGCAACAAACAGGUCAUUGUCAUAGACAAAAUCAAAUCUGCAAGUAUUGCAGACAGAUGUGGUGCACUGCAUGUGGGAGACCACAUCCUGUCCAUCGACGGCACCAGCAUGGAGUACUGCACGCUGGCGGAAGCGACGCAGUUCCUGGCUAACGCGGCAGACAAUGUCAAGCUUGAGAUCCUCCCUCACCACCAGACGCGGCUCGCGCUGAAAGCCCCGGAGCACGUGAAGGUUCAAAGAAGCAGCGGGCAGCUUCCCCGGGAUUCCUGUGCCAACAGCCACAGCAGCCUCCUCACCUACCAUCAUUAUAACACCUACCACCCUGACCAUUGCAGGAUGCCAGCCUUGACAUUCCAGACAGCACCUCCUCAGAAAAGCCUUCCAGCUUUGGUGUCUUCAUCCUUCUCUCCUACCUCCAUGAGUGCAUACAGCCUGAGUUCCCUGAACAUGGGGACCUUACCUCGCAGCCUCUACUCCACCAGCCCACGUGGGACAAUGAUGAGGCGGAGGAUGAAAAAGAAGGACUUCAAAAGCUCCUUGUCAUUAGCCUCUAGCACUGUUGGUUUGGCUGGGCAGGUGGUCCACACAGAAACCACAGAAGUAGUGCUGACAGCUGACCCCAUAGUAGGGUUUGGGAUACAGCUCCAGGGGAGCGUGUUUGCUACUGAGACCUUGUCUUCUCCACCUCUCAUUUCCUAUAUCGAGGCUGACAGCCCGGCAGAAAGGUGCGGGGUGCUGCAGAUAGGAGACAGAAUAGUGGCAAUAAACGGUGUCCCGACAGAAGACAGCACGUUUGAUGAGGCCAAUCAACUGCUCAGAGACUCCUCCAUCACCAACAAGGUCACUUUGGAAAUAGAAUUUGAUGUUGCAGAAUCAGUGAUACCAAGCAGUGGAACAUUUCAUGUGAAACUACCAAAGAAGCAUAAUGUGGAGCUUGGCAUCACCAUAAGCUCUCCAUCCAGCAGAAAGCCAGGAGACCCUCUGGUUAUUUCUGAUAUCAAGAAAGGAAGUGUUGCUCACAGAACUGGGACGCUGGAGCUGGGUGAUAAGUUGCUUGCAAUAGAUAACAUUCGACUUGACAACUGCUCAAUGGAAGAUGCUGUCCAGAUCCUCCAGCACUGUGAGGACCUUGUGAAGUUAAAGAUCCGCAAAGAUGAAGACAAUUCAGAUGAACAGGAGAGCUCUGGAGCCAUUAUUUAUACAGUGGAGCUGAAGCGCUACGGUGGGCCCCUUGGAAUUACAAUCUCUGGGACCGAAGAGCCCUUCGAUCCCAUAAUCAUUUCCAGCCUUACCAAAGGAGGAUUAGCUGAAAGGACAGGGGCAAUUCACAUAGGAGACAGGAUUCUAGCAAUAAAUAGCAGCAGUCUGAAAGGGAAACCUUUGAGUGAAGCCAUUCAUUUAUUGCAGAUGGCAGGAGAAACUGUCACCUUGAAAAUCAAGAAGCAGACAGAUGCUACCAGUCCCAAGAAGUUUUCUGUCCCUGUGGGCCACCUCAGUGAGCUGAGUGAUGCUGAGGAUGAGGCCUCUGCUGCACAGAAAUCCAGCAAACUCUCCGAUGUCUAUUCCACCACGGUGCCAAGCGUCGACAGCGCGGUAGAGUCGUGGGAUGGCUCUGGUGUUGAUGCCAGCUUUGGAAAUCAAGGAUCCAGCUAUCAGGCUUCAGGCUACAACUUCAAUGCCUAUGAAUGGAGAAGUCCUAAACAGACUAGUUUGUCCCCUCCAAGCAAGCCACGAAACCACCCAUUUCAUGACACAGGGCUGAGUGAUGAUGAAUGGGAUCGACCCACAGCAAGCAGCACAGCUUCCAAGAAUAUGUGGCAACAGAAGGAAACUGAGACACUGGGAGAGAAUCAAGAAAACCAUUUAAAGCAACCUCCUGUGGAGAGAUCAGGAGGAGAGAGCAUCAGGAGCACGAAGAAAGAGAGCAAGAUGUGGAAAAGCACUUCUGGCGGGCAAAGGAAAGGUGGGGGACAGCUGGAGGAGUGGAAUACUUCCAGCUUUGCAGGUACCCAUGAUAACACCGAGGCUGACCAGGAGGAAAACUUCUGGUCUCAGGCUCUGGAGGAUUUAGAGACCUGUGGCCAGUCAGGAAUUCUGAGGGAACUAGAGGACAAGGCUGGCAGGCGUCUGUGUUUGAGAAACAUGACUCUCUUGGCCACUAUUAUGUCAGGAAGUACAAUGAGUUUGAACCAUGAGAGCCCACAACCUCGUAACCAGCUGGGAAGACAAGCCAGCUUCCAGGAAAGAAGUACUGUAAGGCCACAUUACAGCCAAGCUACUCGUAGCAACACUUUGCCAUCAGAUGUGGGGAGAAAGUCCAUGGUUCUGAGAAAAAUUAAACAAGAAAUGAAAGAAAUCAUGUCACCAACUCCUGUGGAGUUACACAAGGUAACUUUGUACAAGGACUCUGAUGGAGAAGACUUUGGGUUCAGUGUCUCGGACGGUUUGCUGGAGAAAGGAGUCUAUGUUAAAAACAUUCGACCUGCUGGGCCUGGCGAUCUGGGAGGCUUGAAACCCUACGACAGACUCCUGCAGGUAAACCACGUCCGCACCAGAGACUUUGACUGCUGUCUGGUUGUGCCCCUGAUAGCCGAAUCUGGCAAUAAGCUGGAACUGGUGAUUAGCAGAAACCCACUGGCGUCUCAGAAAGGAAGCUCAGAGCAACAGCGUGCAGCGAGUGGGGACUGGAGUGACCAGAAUGCUGCCUUCCUUCACCAGAGUGGACACGCUAACGUCAGCACAGAGACACGGGACCCUACAAACACAUUAUAGCAGAGAGUCAUUUCGGCAGGAUGUUCGGUAACAGAAGACAAUUAUGGUGCUAAACUCCUUUAAAGAGCUGAGAUUGAGGCUCAGAUGCUUACAUAGCACUGAAAAGCACAGGUCAGUCUGUCUGUCUCAAGGCUUCUAUUAAUUCAUGGUUACUUUUUAAAAGGUUUAAUUCUUCUUUGUGUCAUUCCAUUCUAAACAACCUGUUAGCAGCUACACUAGGAAAAUCCUAAGGGCCUUUUGUUCCCCCAGAUAAAAAAAGUUCCGUGGAAACCUAAGGAAAAUGUUUCCCCUGGGAGGUGACAGAACACUGGCACAGGCUGCCCAGGGAGGUUGUGGAGUCUCCCUCUCUGGAGGUAUCCAAGACCUGCCUGGAUGUGUUCCUGUGUGAUCUGCUCUAGGUGAUCCUGCUCUGGCAGAGAGGUUGGACUGGAUGAGCUUUGGAGGUCCCAGCCCUGACAGUGCAACUCUGAAAAAGGGGGAGAUGUUUUAAACCUCAUUUAAUUCUUCCUCUCCUUUCAGCAGCUGCUGUUUGAGGCAAAAGCAGGGAGUUAAUCUCUGCUGUCCCUGUGCCCUAGUUUCAUGGGGUUUAAAAACAUCUCAUCAGAAAGGUGCUGUCUGGUGGGCAAGGAGGAGUUGGUAUGUUUGUUUGGAGCAGGUUUUCCUGUUAAAUGCUGUGAUUUUAAGGACCUUUAUCCUGCUAGCAAGAAGGGUGCACUCUUCAGACAAAGAUGUUUGAACUAAAUGCUUUCAGGAAGCUGCAGUAUGGGGUGAGCAAAACUCCCCCACUUGGGUAGAUCCCAUUAGAAGGUUAAGUUAUUCCCUAUGCAAUUAAACAUUUAACGGUUAUGUCUUGCAAUCUGUGGGAAUGAUUAAUCAGAGGCUCUGGGUUUUUUUAGUGGGAUAAAACCUCAAGAGAAUUACUUACAAGGGUAAAACUCAAAUAGGAGUUUUUUAACUGUCAGUGGAAGAUUGAGACAAAAGCUUCAACAAUCCAUAAACCUGUCAGCUCCUACUGGCACACCUGAGCUUUGCAAGUCAAACAAUUUCAUGCAGGGACCACCAAGGUCCCAUUUGAUUUGCUUUGUUUUCAGCCCUCUUUAUGGCAAACAUCACCCUCCCUCCACAACACAUUUUUAGAAUUGAAACUGUAAAUAUAGUUUACAAACACACCACACAGGUUCCUUCCUCCCUCUCUCUCUCCCACCACCCAAGCAAUAAAAUACUGCCAGUUGCUUUCUAUGUUCACCAGCAGCUGCUUUGGUUUAUUCCAGUAUUCAAGUUGUUCUUGGUAAUUCUUGUUCUUGGUGAGUAUAAAGAUACUGGGUUUGUACAUUUGUAGAGUCUCCAUAUCUAAAGCAAUCACCUUACAGAGUUGUUUCUGGUCAAUUGAAACUGUUUAAUUGUUCUCCCCUGUUGCUGUUUCCAAUACAUGAACAAGCUCACCUUGCCCUGCACACAACAGCAUCUCCGAUUUCUAGUUCAGCACUGCCAGAAAAGGUCAGAAGGAUAUUCAAUGCUGAAUCAUAAUUAAAAAGAAAAGGGAAAAAAAAAACACCUUCAUCAGUCACCUAAAUAUGUAUUUUUAUUUGUAACAAAUAAGUAUUAAACUGUAAAGUAUUUUUGUACAAAUUUAAUACUUUAAUAGCAUGAUAUUUAUCGUCCCUGUUAUACGGUUUUUGAAAUCCAGACUGUUGCAAAUAUUUGUAUGGAAGAUCUGUAUACAUUGAAAUAAAUAAACAGUGACUUAAGGACACUGCUAA